ACAACAUAUGCUCAGCACGACAUAUUCUCCUGGUGUAAGAAGCUCAUUUAGGCUCUUUCAAAGCAGCGUUUAGGAUUCUUAUUGCCAGCAGACAAGGGUGGGCGCUAUACUACACUGUAUGUUACGAUAUACCGGUAUUGAUGCACGGACGGGAUUGUGUUUUUACUUUACCUUCUAUAAAGAGUGAUGGAUCGAUACAAUGAUGUGAAGAUUCUUCUGAAAUCCUGGGAGCAGUCAUUUGUUCAAGAACAUCAAAGAAAGCCCAACAAGGUUGAUAUUGACGGAGCCCCAGAAGAGGCUAAAAAGCUCUACAAAGAAUAUCGAACACUCAAGCAAGCAAAAGAAAACAGCAGCAAUGGGCAUACAGACCCAACACCUACCGCACAGACUCAGUCAUCUGACAAGGUUGCUGGAUCAAAUGCCCGAGCUGACAAGGAAUCCGAUUGCUGGGGCACUCACCUGAAUCGUAAGAGCAUGCCGAUGGCUUCCCCCAAACUGACGCUGACGCCCAAGGACAGAGAGUCCCUCCAAGCCUCGGCCCAGUACUUUGGCAUGAAGCUCAAGUCAAACCUGGGACCUCUAACAAAGGAGAGACCGGUUUCUCUGAAGAAGUCGUUCACGCCACGUCGAACACCUCUGAAGUCCUGGAAAGACGGCCAGAGCCCAAACCCUGCAGCUGGUGCUGCAGGCAGCGAUACACUGUUAUCCCCUCUGCUAAAGCCAGCCAACACACGUCCACACCUCCUGGCCUGUCCAGUGCAGACAGGGACAGAACACCCACAGCAGCCCUUUGAGCCAUUGCCAGCCUUCACGCCCUCCAAGCUGUGGUCUCCUGCAGCGGGGGCAUCCUCAUCAGACCGACAGGCAGGAAGCCGGGCCCAGCAGCUCAGACAGACCUUCACCAAGAGGUUAUCCUCUGUAGACAGCAGCUGGCUCGAGAGAUGUCAGGUGUUUGACGAGGUGGGUGUCGCGGAGAAGCCGGUUGUGGGUAAUUUGUCUCUCGCCGUGGUGUCGGCGGUAGGAUCACCGCAGGCGAAAGGGGGGGGCGAGGGAGAGAACCCAGGACGUGCCGCCAGUUCCUUUGUCAUACCUUCCAUGCAGAACGAAGGGACAACUCUCCUGGGGGAGAGAGCUUCCAAGAGUACCAUGCCACAGGCUCUGCUUUUUUCAGACGAGCAACAGCCCAAAAUUGGUUGUGACGUAACGUCUGCAGCAGUCCCAGCCAGUCUGCGGUCCACUGGACAACGCUCCUCAUUAGGGUCUGGCUCCGGAGAAGGAAAGGAUGGAGAAACCAGACCAGGUCUCAGAGGACAGGCCGAGGGCGGAACGUCAGAAGAGACAGCCGUCGGCGCCACCACCGCCAAGAAAUCUCGAGCAAGGGCCAGAAAGGGCCGGGUAGGAAGAGUUGAAGAGGAGGCGGAGGUGUCGACGCAGCCACCACAGCAGGCUGAGGGUGAUGAGCUCAGGCCGGAGAAGAAAGGUACGAAGAAAAAGGGCAAAAAGAGGCAAAGGGACCACGACACAGAUGGAGUGAACCCUGACGACACAGAGAAAGAGGGGGCGGUGAAAAAGAGGAGGAGAACCAAGAAGGUUACAGAGGCUACAGCUAAUGGCAGGAGUCCCAAAAAAGCCCCCAGAGCGAGGAAGAAGGCUCAGACAGGUGAUGGAAAUGCUAGCGAGCAGGGGAAUGGUGAUGUCACAGAGAAGGAAGCAGUGAAGCAGAAACCAAGAGUUCCACAGGAGAACCUCCUAGGAGAGGUGGAUGAGGAAGAUGUCAAAGCUGCCAGGAACAGGGGGAGCAACACUAUGAGACCUAAACCCACCAAGAACUCGGACCCGAACUUUGUAAAGAUCAACCUGAAAAAUAAGUCUCAUGUCAAAGGAUAUGCAUGUAGGGGCGCUGGCCUACGGAAGCAGUUGACCAUGGAGAAGUUCCAACUAAAGGGGGAGAGGUUUGGCGGACCAGACUCGCGGUUUAGAGGGGGAAGAGGCAGAGGAAGGUUUAGAGGUGGCUUCGGAGGGUCCAAUCGUCCAGGGGACACCUGCUUCAAGUGCGGAGGCACAGGACACUGGGCUAUGAACUGCAAGGGCAGAGUUGCUGCUCCAGUAGACAGUGCUGCUGCUGAUGAGGCGUCUGCGGUUGAGGAGCCCUUCGAACUGCCAACCUUGGAAGAAGUUGCCCGGGCAACGGGAACUCUGCGUUCCGAGCCUCGGGUGGCACCCCCCAUUGUUAAAGAGGAGAAUGAGGGUCUGGGGGAGAAGCAGGAGGAUGGUGGUGAUGAGGUCUUGUUGAAUGUGAUCAGGCCAGAUUACGAGCGCCUGCUCCCUCCGCCCCCCAUGCAGCCCCUCUACCCCCUAGGGGAGGACGGCAAAGUACAAGCGGUGCCCUCUGAAGUUAAUGAAGCACUUAAAGACUUUGGGUACAAGUCUUUCAGACCAGGGCAGGAACAGGCCAUCAUGAGAAUUCUAUCAGGUCUGUCCACGCUAGUGGUGCUCUCUACGGGCAUGGGCAAGUCUCUGUGCUACCAGCUUCCUGCCUACCUCUAUGCCCAGAGGUCUAACAGUAUCACUCUAGUGGUGUCACCACUGGUGUCUCUUAUGGAUGAUCAGCUUUCUGGACUCCCAUCCAAGUUGAAAGCGGUUGCCAUUCACUCCAAUAUGUCUAAAAAACAGAGAGAGGUUGCCAUUGAGAAGGUUAAGGCAGGUGAGGUCCAUGUCCUGCUCCUGUCCCCUGAGGCGUUGGUAGGUGGAGGUCACUCUGGCUCUGGCUGUCUUCCCCCAGCUGACCAGCUCCCCCCGGUGGCCUUCGCCUGUAUCGACGAGGCCCACUGUGUCUCAGAGUGGUCACACAACUUUAGGCCCUGCUACCUGCGUCUCUGCAAGGUGUUGAGGGACCGUCUGGGCGUGCGUUGCCUGUUGGGUCUGACUGCCACCGCCACCCUGUCCACAGCCCUGGACAUCGCUCAAAACCUGGGCAUCGCUGACCAGGAUGGUGUUGCUGUCCGCUCAGCCGCCGUGCCUGACAACCUGCAGCUGUCUGUCUCCAUGGACCGAGACAAGGACCAGGCCCUGGUGUGUCUGCUGAAGGGAGAGCGGUUUGGGUCUCUGGAGUCCGUCAUCAUCUACUGCACCAGGAGAGAGGAGACGACCCGUAUAUCUGCCCUGCUCAGGACCUGCCUGCAGGGGGUGCUGUUGAAGGAGUCUAACCGUACAGCGAGUCAGGAGGCAGAUGACAACCCUGUAGGGAAGAAGAAGAAAGCUUUGGCCAGGAAGAAGAUCCGUAAGCCUCUGAAGUGGAUGGCUGAGUCCUACCAUGCCGGCAUGUCGUCCUCUGAGCGCCGUCGCGUCCAGAACAACUUCAUGUGUGGCGAGCUGCGCGUGGUGGUCGCCACGGUAGCCUUCGGCAUGGGCCUGGACAAGUCGGACGUGCGCGGCAUCGUGCACUACAACAUGCCCAAGAGCUUUGAGAGCUACGUGCAGGAGAUCGGGAGGGCAGGGAGAGACGGGGAACCGGCCCACUGUCAUCUCUUCCUGGAUCCUGAGGGAGGGGACCUGCAUGAGUUGCGGAGGCACAUCUACGCGGAUACGGUGGACUACUAUACUGUGAAGAAGAUAGUGCAGAAGGUGUUUCCUCCCUGCAGGUGCAGACAGAUCCACCAGAAACAGCAGGACCUAGCCAGGACUCAGGAGGAGGUUGACGACUCCGAGAUGAUGGAACUGAUGGACACCUGUGAUGAGAACCCAGUUGAAACAUCGGAAAACACAACGGAGACUGGUCAGAACACCCCCGUCGAGCAGUUGGAACAGGCCAAAGUUCCUACUGAGGAUGUAUCAACUUUUCAACCACUGGACGGGGAGCAGAAACACCCACCAGAGUCAAGUGUUCCAUUUCCCCAGAGAGGGGAUGGCGAACAUGAAGAGGAGGAGCAGACAGGGGGAGGUGAUGAUUGGCCCACGACUAGGGUGUGUCACACCCAUGAGAGGGCCAUACCUAUGCAGGACACUGUGGAAGCCCUGGACAUCACUGAAGAAGGUUUGGAGACUCUGCUGUGCUACCUGGAGCUGCACCCUCAGCAGUGGGUAGAGCUGCUCCACCCCACCCUCUCCACCUGUAAGAUGGUCUGUUACAACGGACCGCAUCAACUCCGCAAACUCACCAAAAUCUGCCCACCCGUUGCCGUAGUGUUAGCCCGGAAACGGCUGGCAGGGGAGCGAGUGGAGACCUGUGAUUCGGUGGACUUUGAUGUGGUGGAGGUGGCAGACACUAUGGGCUGGCAGCUGGGUCUGGUGAAGAGAGGCCUCAGACAACUACAGUGGGCCACAAACAGAGGAGUCUUGGUGGAGUUCUCCAACCUGUCCUUCUACUUCCGUUCCUACGGUGACUUGACCCCGGAUGAGAUGGACCGGGUGUGUGAGUUCCUGCAUGGCAGGGUGGUGGCCCAGGAGAGGACCAAACUGUACCAGCUCAAAGCCUGCUUCAAGGCCUUCCGCAGCGUCGCAUACAAGAGCUGCAGUUUCUGCACGGACAAGCUGGACGAGAGCCGAAGCCUGAAGCUAAAAGGGCUUCUGGGGGAUUACUUUGACAAGAGGAGAGAACUGGACCUGAGCAGGAAGUUCCAGGAGGACAAGGAUGGCGAGGACGAGGAGGAGGUGUUGUUGAAAUGCAAGAUGAAGGACUUCGAGGGUCAGAUCAGAGCAGAUAUUCAGAGUUUCCUGGGCAACCGCAGUGAUGAGAAGUUCUCUGGCAGAGCCGUUGCUAGAAUAUUCUUUGGAAUUGGAAGUCCAUGUUACCCAGCUCAGACCUUCGGCAGGGACAAGAGAUACUGGAGAAAAUACAUCCAAUUUGAUUUUAAUGAAAUCAUCCGCUUUGCUAUUCAGGAGAUCAUUCGAUUCAAGUGAUGAAAUACCUACUCUAUCUAAAAAAUAAAUAAAAAAGUAAAUAAUGUAUAAAAAAAAAAUAUAAAAAUAAAUCUUACCUCGGCUGCAUCCAGUUGCAUUCAUUAACAUUUUUUUAUUCUUUUUAAAUAGCUGUUUUAUGCUGUGGUUUCUGUAUUUUUUUAUGUUUGUUUGGUGUACUGUACAUUUCAUGUAAUGUUCUUUGUAUGCCAAUUUAAUAAAAAUGUAUUUUGUACUAAAUGUAAGGGUAAGUGCUUGAUGUUAUUAAAACUUGUGUAUGUUCAGAAGACUUUGAUGAAGGUUGAAAAAGGUUCUCAGUCAAUGGUUGAUUGAGUUUUAUAGUAUGGGUCAAGUGCAUUGCAUUAUUGUAGUAGCUACACUACCGUUCAAAAGUUUGGGGUCACAGAGUUCUAGGCAGAGUUCCUCUGUCCAGUGCCUGUGUUCUUUUGCCUAUCUUAAUCUUUUCUUUUUAUUGGCCAGUCUGAGAUAUGGCUUUUUCUUUGCAACUCUGCUUAGAAGACCAGCAUCCCGGAGUCGCCUCUUCACUGUCGACGUUGAGACUGGUGUUUUGCGGGUACUAUUUAAUGAAGCUGGUGUUUUGCGGGUACUAUUUAAGGAAGCUGCCAGUUGAGGUCUGUUUCUCAAUGUGUGUGUUUUAUUUUAUUAUCUGAAAAAAAUAAUGACGAUUUGAGAAGUUGUACAGCUGUAUUUUUUUUCUUUUUUUAUAACUCAAGAUAAUAAACCUUAUCUCUUUGUCGACUGUGAACUUUGUCAGGUAGCAUGCAUUCACUGUAUGGAGAGCUAUGUUCAUUUGCUUGCAGUCCCUGGCAACCUUGUUGUAUGGGAGAGGGUUAUCUAUGAAACAAUACAUUAGAAAUAGGAAAUUAUCAUUUUGUCUAUGGGGAAUUGUCAUGGCAAAAUGUGAAUCAGAAUGUAUAAUAAUGUCAUUUUUUUAAGAUGGUUUUUAACAUUUAUCAGAUGACUGUGUUCUUUUGAUAAUGUGAGGUCACGCUAUAAUUUGAGGCUGACAGGUCACAGAUUCAGAUAGAGUAUCUUGCUGAUACAGGUGAAAGAGGUGAUCCUCUAGACCAGGGGUGGGUAAUUCCAGUCCUCGAGGGACUGAUUGGUGUCAGGUUUGCUCCAGCUCCACCUAACACACCUGACUCCAAUAAUCACCUAAUCAUGAUCUUCAGUUUAGAAUGCAAUUUGAUUAAUCGGCUGUGUUUGCUAUGGAUGGAGAAAAAGUGUGACACCAAUCAGGCCCCAAAGGACUGGAGUUGCCCACCCCUGCGUAGGGGGUUGUUGGCCCACGUGGGGGGAAAUGUUGACAUGCAAGACAAUGGCGCAGCACACUUUCCAGAAAAAAGUCUGUCAAACUAGGGAUUUUGCUUCUCAUUGGGGUAAAACAGUAAUUCUGCUCAUAGAUUAUGAAUGUAUGAACUACAUAUUGACACACCCAGCCCAAAACAGGAGGUAAAAAAAAUACUAAGUUGUUUCCAAAGUACCGGAGCAUGUCUUUAAGUUGAUUGAACUUACAAUACAGACAUUUUGUAACUAUUGUUUUGUUACAAUAACAUACCAUAAUCAAUAUUUUCAAGCUGUUGCUACUUAAGUAUAUUGCCAAAUGUCAUCUUUUUUUGGUGCAAUUUUGCACAUUUCUUUGUUUCUCCCAACUACAAAAAAACUACAACUUCAGAUCGAAUUGCACAACAGAGAAUUCAUUAGGGAGUAAUGCUCCCAUCUCAAUAAGCUCUCUCACUGCAGAAUUAGACACUUAUCCACAUUUUAUCCAAACGUUAAAUUUAGAAGUUACUCCAAACUAUUUUUUUUUUCUAAGUUAGGGUUUUGGAUAUUUUUAAAACAUUAAAGGGGAACUCCACUCAAACUAUCUUUUGGAAUUGUUUUCAUUCGUCUACUUGAUACAGUUCCAAAAUGUCUUGUAUGUCAAGAAACGGUGUCACCGGCCACAUCCUGAUGGCGCUAAAUGUUUUUUGUGCAAUUUGUUGCAUUUUAAAGUUACAACAAAGAAAAGAGACAACAUUUUAAAUAAAAAGUCAUUAGUACCAGAAAAUGGCACUAUUUUCAUAGGAAGGCAAAAGAGCCAGUGCUCCAUCCCCCUUAGGACUCUAUCUGUGCACGUGCCUGAUGUUCAGAGUAUAAGAGCAGUGAGACUACUGCCUCCUGGGAGAUUUUGUUCCAGGUAUUGUAUGUCUGAUUAAACUGUGUUGGCCUAGAUAACAAGAUAUGUUUGGCUGUUUCUUUUUACAGGCUUAAGGAAGAGGUUUAGAUGGACUUUUUAAACAGCUGAGAGAGAGGAUGACCAAUUCUCUUUGACCUGUAUGAGCAAGAUACUGUAUCUCAGACCUGUCUUUUUU